AUGGAAGAGGACGACGUUUUAGAUGAAGACGAAGAAGAUGAACUAGACGACGACGACGACGAUGACGAAGAAGACGAAGAAACAGCCAUUGCUGGUGAAGAUGACGAUAGUUCAACUUUUACUUCCUCUCCCAGUAUACCUGACGAAAACAUUGAUUUUGAUUUGGUCUAUACUUUGCAUACAUUUGAAGCCACAGUGGAAGGUCAAGCCUCAGUUUUGAAAGGUGAUUCUCUUACUUUAUUGGAUGAUAGUAACUCUUAUUGGUGGCUCGUCAAGGUCUUGAAAACAAAUGAAGUCGGUUAUAUUCCUGCUGAAAAUAUUGAAACUCCCUUUGAACGUUUAGCUCGUCUCAAUAAACAUCGAAAUGUUGAGGUGACAGCUAUUCAACAAGCAACUCACUAUAUAUCUACGAUAGAUGAUACACCAGUAGCAACAACAACAACAACAACAACAACAACAGGAAAAGAUAUUAUUAGCAAACAACGAAAACAUGUCACCAUGUCCAAAGAUAUUUAUUAUCAAUCACAUAUUAUUCUAUUGGGUGAUGAUGACGAAGAAUUGGAGGAAACCUAUGAAGAAUGGGAAGACGAUAUGAUGGAUGAUGAUAGUCAAAGUACUAUGUUGGCUAGCGACAGGGAUGAUGAUCCACAACAGAUCAGCGACACUGAAAUAGAUCAUCCUACUACUGUUUUGCGUGUAUAUGCAGGAAAUAUCAAUGUGAACGCCACUUACAAUUCUGUCCUGGUUUACGAUCAUACAAAUGCAGAAAGUCUUUUAAGAUUGGCUAUGGAUCGCUUUCAUAUUUCUCAAAUCGAAGGCAAAUCUCGUGGGAAACGAUCUUCUACUCAUUCACCAUCUCAAUAUUCUCCUCAGCAUUCUAGUAGUGGAGUAGAAUAUUAUUUAUCGGUCAAACCCAUUGAUGGAGAUGAACUUACUUUAUUACCACAAGAUAAACCGUUGAUGAUUUAUCAAUCAUUGAAUGCACAUUUGACAACACCUAUGCCAUCAUUAUCCAAUAUUCAACAACAAAUCACCAAUAUGGAAUUUGGACGCAUUGGAUCUCCUACUAACAAUAGCAACAAACGAACAGGAACCAAGUACGGGGAAGAUGCAAUACGAUUCUAUCUACACAAACGAAUCAAACGGGUGAAUGAUGGACAACUGUAUGUGAAAGUUUCUUUAUACCAUGAUGAUACGAAGCGGGAACGCAGGAAUAGUGAUUCCAAGGAUGGCAAGCGACGAAUUGAUAAAUUGAUUGCUGUGUCAGCUGUGGCCACUGUGGCAGAUUUGAUCGAUAUUGCUCUUGAGAAAUUUCAUUUACUACAACAACCUGGACAAGAACCUACUCCUCGAUAUCGUAUGACCAUUGUUGUCAAUAGUCAAGGACCUGGUAAAACCAAAAAAAAAAAAAAAAAAUUAAAAAAAAAAAUGAGAAUUGUCUGA